AUGGUUUGCUCCAAAUUUGAACAAGAAAACCUACACCAACCCAGAAUCCAGCAACUUGCCCUCGUGGGAUUUGGGAAUACUUGUAAUAUGAAGCUGUUAGCAGGUAAUUAGUGCUUCCUGGCAUUUUCAGAACGAUUACGAACUUUGGUGAUCAGUUUCUCUCCCAAACUUCUGGGCUCUCUGACAAGCUAGCAUACCAAGCAUAUUUGAUAGAGCAGCUGAAUAUGUAUUCGGAAGCAGAACUUCCUAUCUCAUGGCACGAGUGGCUGCUGACAUUUACAUUCUCUACUUACACAGCGACUUUCUUUUUUGGAGGUUUUUUUUUUUUUUUUUUUAAAUGACAGUUUUUUUUUCCAACUUUUUUUUUUCUCCUCGAAGUUUCAAACUAUUUGGGAGCUUUGCACAUUUAACAAGUUACUGGCACUCGGUGAUAGAAUGAGUUAAUUGAAGUGAUCCUUCAGUGUGACAUAUUUAUGGGAAUGUACAUACAGGGUGGUAUUGGAGUCAAUACUAUUGUUCAAUGAGUUGAUGACGAUGAUUACUAUUAUUAAUAAUAUAUAUAUAUUUAUUUAUUGCUACAAAAAUGGGGACCCUGGCUACCUUGAAGUGUGGUUACAGAAUACGUUUGCCACAGUGAUGUUUAUUUGUGAUUACCAUUUACUUUAGGUAUUAGUCUAGUUCUACAACAAAAUGUUUUUGCUGAGGACAAUAUUGGUCAUACUUUUAACCCUGUCAGUACCAGAGUUGUUAAAGAGAACUAAGAGCAUGCCUAAAACAUUUAAAAAAAAAUGUAAAGUUAUCAUGUGUCCCAUUGAGUUCUAAAGAUGAUGCUUUAAAUGUGUUUAACCAUUUAAGCAGUAACAGCAUGUGCACUGCAUAUAUAUUUAAGGGGAGGGGUAGAUUUAUAUUUUAGGGAGGGACUACUGCUGAAUGACAUUUGGGCCUUAGCCUAAAAGAUACAUAUAUAUUUUUUGGAAUGGUUAUUUGAGUUUUUAUUACUAGUUUAAAAUUGACAUUUUUUCCCCUCAAACAUUUUGUAUUUUGUGAUUAACUGAAAGCUGGUUUUAAACACGGAUAACAGUAUAAACAAGAUGAUUUAAAACUCUGUUCACAUGAAAAAAUGUCAAACUAACACAAAAACUGUUUAACUCCCUUUGGAUUCCUAUGAUGCACUCAAAAAGCAGAAGGAGGACUUUGCUUAAUGCUGUAAAUUCUGUUCCCUCACUGAAGGGAGUUUACAGAUAUCUUUUGUCAUUGGGAUGAAAACAAACUAUUCAACAUAAUAAUCUGAAACAUGUGUUUUUCUUCUGAACAGGAAUUGUGCAACUUCUUUUCCUCCAGAACUGGAGUCUGAUGAUGGGGAGGGCCAUGCCAGUGAGCUCUACAAGCUGUGUGCACAGCAAUAACUGCAGUGAUAUUGACACAAUUGUUGUACAGAUACAAAACAAGAUUCGACAGAUGAAUGCAAUCGCGCAGAAUCUCACUGACCAAUAUGUAAGUGACAUUUGUGUGGUUUUGGAAUAAUAGGAACACUCAGAAAAUGAUUAUAACAAGUACACUAAAGCAUUGUUAUCACAGUGGUGUCAGCUCCCCAGGUGUUGAUGAAAUAACUGGAUUGUACAGGAUACAUUCUAUCAACAGUUGUAUAACUGAUGGAUCUCUGUCCCCUGCUGUAACAGUACAGUGUAAAGGGCAGGUUAUAUGGGGACGUUUAGAAAAAUUUGGCAUGCGUGCUAAUAGAAUCACCAGGAAUAUUUCAUUGCGGUCAAUGCCUUUGCACUAUUAGAACUUUGCCAGACCAUUCUACCAGUGUCAUUGGCAUUUUUAAAAAUCCCUUUUAUUGUACAUACAAAUGCAGCAAUCUAUAGCUACCUUCACAGGACUGGAAGAAAAAUUAUGCCGUUCUUGCACUGUCAGUGGUAUUACCUGAACUAACUGAACUGGGAUUUCAGGCCAAGAGCCAAUCUGGAAAAAUCUUUUUUUUUUUUUGGUUUUCUGGUCAAUGUAAUGUUUACCUAAUCAAUCAAUUCAAAGAUAUUUCUUUGUCAUUUAACUGGUCAUUAAUCUCUGCUGACCAUAAGUCUCCCACUAAAUUUUCAGAGGAUAAAUUUGAUUGAUUAGAUUUCUUUAAAUUUUAUUUUGCUCCUAACACUGGCCUCCCAUGUUACUCAUCUUGAAAGAGAAAGCCCUCCUUCCCUCUUAAUAAUUUAACAGGCCCCAAAGUCAUCUUGUGAUGAAACACGAGGGAAAGAUAUUGAGUCAUACUGCUAGCCUAGAUCUCAAAUAACAGUCCUGGGCCCACUUUUUUUUUUUUAAAGUAAUUUACAUUUUUAAUUACGGUACAUUGCAAUGGGAAUGGAUUAAAAGUAUUAACUUUAAAUAAUGCUUGGUUUUUAUUUUAGGUAUUACUUAAAUGUUCCAUCCAGAGGCAACUCUAAACUACCUGAUAGAUUUUUAUACACCCCACAUCCUACUAGAUAUAUGUCAAAGCUAUCCUUCUUCCUGCUCUGAAUAUAUACAAUGCAAAGGCAAUGGGCCAAUUUUCUACAUACUUUUUUGAUGAGUUGGCUACUUCCAAAACUUGUGACAAGUUUAAAAAAAAAAGAAUACAAAAAAAUGUAAUCUUGACAUUUUCUGAAUUUUCAAGCAAUUUAUCACUACCAGAUACUGUUUAGAAGGUGCUUGCUUGCGUGUACUUUAUAUAUAUAAUUGUUUUUGUUUUUUUAAACAAUGCCUGAUCUUUGGUAAAGUGACCAUACGUAGCUACAAAGUUUACAGACUACUGUAAAAUGAGCUGUUUUGGAACAAAGAUUUACUAAACAUGACCGUGGUUGCACUAUUUAAUAGCAUUGUAAUGAUGAAUCAUGUUUACAUUUAAAAUACUUGUGAAUACAUGCACAUGCAUACUUCAGUAUUACUUGCCUUACAAUAGGAUAAAAUAUUAAAGUAUGUGGUUUGAGUAACAUUGUUGAUUUUUAUUUUUUGUAGAUUCAAAGAAAUGGCAUUACAAACCUGAGCCAGUGUAACCCAGAAUCAGGAAAAGGUAUCCUUAAGACAAAGAACAACAGCAUAGAGCAGACAAUGAAUGAGUUAUACAAUAUUUCUGUUAACAUAAGGGACGCGCUACACAAUGUCACAGAGUUCCAAAAGACCCUGACAUCUAGACAACCGUGGUUUGAUCAACUGGAUAAUACUGAGACAGGGAUCGAAGUCAUUAUUCUCAAUCUCAGGUGUUACCUUUGCAAAGCAAACAUUUGGAAUCAGGACACUGUCAGACGCCACCAUACAUAUUUCUCACAAAACAAUUCGACAUAUGCUAAGAAAAUUAGUGGUUGCAAAGUUAUUAUGAAGUAUAGAAAUAUCAUCUCUCAAGCUGCUGAAAUUGAUUUUGUGGCACUGCGGAACUCUGGCCGAAAAUAAGAAAGAGGAACAUUUAUCAAACAAUUGGAUGGUAGGAAGAGUGCACUUAUAACUGGAUCACGCAAAUGGACCAAAUGAACUAAGGUCAUGAAUACCAGUUGCAAAGUGAAACAAAAAAGGGUCACCAAAUACAACGGCGGUCUACUUCAGUGCCUUAGAAAUGCAAAGGGAAGGAAAUAUGGUUAUUCUAGCCUGUAUUGUGAAGUGUAUUUACCAGCGAUAUAAACCUCAUAGUUGUGUCUUGAAGAGUAUAGUAAUAUUUGAGGUCAAAGAGUGAAAGUUUCACUCGCCCUUAACACUGCAUUGUGCCAAGACAUUACCAGCUCUGAUCUGAAACAUUGUGGAAACUGCAAGCCAAAGAUAAUUGUGUGUCCAGUUGCACUAGCUACUCUAAUCACUCAUCACUGAAUGUAUUAAGUAUGUGAUGGAAUCUUUAAACUCGUACUUCAAAAGGGACACAGUACCAAGCCACUUGUUCUGAUCAUGCACCAAAGUGAUAUACUUGCAAUAUAUGUACCUCAAACACUGACGCUAAAACAAUCUGCAGGCCAGAUGUGAAUUUAGCGGAAUAUUUAUAUUACAAAUGUAAACCUAAAAAAACAACAACAUGUGCAUCAGCGACAAUAGCUUUGCACAAAUGAAAGGAAGUCAAGUUGCCUCUUAAAUCUGUGUAUACGUUUCUCAGUGUCAUUUAAGCACAUUUGGUUCUUUAAGAAGACACUGAUUAAUCCACCCUGGAUUUCGUGAGCAGACACAAAAAAAACCCCUGCAUUUUUGGACCAGUGUUAAGAGAUUCAUGCAUAAAAAACUGGGCUUCCAGUAGGGACGCUAGGAUCG